CCAGUCUUUUUGGUACUACUUAUGAACACAGUGAUCUUUGGUUUGAUUAUGUCCAAGAUGGUUUGCAGCAAGAAAAACCUGAAAGCAUACAAAGGGGACUUUAAGAAAACUCUUCAGAAGCAUUUCGCUAUGGUCUUUGCCAACACAGUGACUUUGGGCAUAUGUUGGAUUAUUGGCUAUUUGAUGCUGAUUGAAGAAACGUACAGCAUAUUCAGCACCCUCUUUUGUAUACUAAAUUCUCUACAGGGUGCUUUUAUUUUUCUCCUGUGCUGGAUGAAUAUGAACGAAUUUAAAACUAGGAUGAAGCAACCAUUGAAAAUAUUCAAAAAGGAGAGAAGGACCAUCAUUUCAAUGCGCCAUCUUAUCAGAAAAGAAAAUUAAGAUGCAACAAAAAUAAAAAAAAAUUGAAUAUUUGCAUAUGUUGCCAUGCCAGUCCUCCACGUUAAAUUUGGAAUCUCCAUGAAUUGACUAAUUUCCAUGGCACUGCAAUGAGUGAUUAUGUAGCAAAAUCAUAAAGGUGUUAAAAAUAUGCAAU